UGUCUGAGAGAGAAAUCUCCUCUUGGCAGUCAAAAACCAACCAUGGCGACUAGUAAAUAGAAAAUAUACAGUAAGUCGGCAAGCAAUACGUGAAGGAGAGCAGAGAAGGUAUGGUUUUUAAACAUAUAUUUGCAGAGAUGAUGACGUUUUUUUGGAAGUGUCAACUGUCAACUGUCAAGCGGAUUGCAUGGGAAAGCGUAGGCGGGAUUUGUGGCAAUGAACCGCAGGCUGAGACUGGCUUGGGACGCAUGGGGAAUUGCUAGUUGGUAAAGUAGGGAAGGGAAGAAAGAGGAAAGCCCAUUUCCCACGUAUGGCUGCAAUUCCACCGUCAACAGCUACUGCCGCCUUCACCAGACUUACCACCACCAAUCUUCUUUUCUUCCCUUUACGGUUCGAAAGGUCUGCUUCCACCUUCCUCUCCUCGUCAUCUCCUUCUGCUCGCCAAAUCUUCUUCUUGGCACGCAGAAGGGCCCUCAUUAGCAAGGUUACCAAGCGAGACAGAGAAGAAGAGUCUUUUUCUCAGAGCUCGGAUUGCCCUGUCCCAGCUGAACAGCAGCCUGCUAAUGAGUACAAGAGCCUGGCUGGUUCCAUCCUCUUCUCAUGGGCUGCAGGGGACGUUAGCACCUACGCCUCCCGGCUCCUUGUCAUCGGUGCCGCGUUUUCUCUCUUCGUCGGAUGGCCGAUUGCCAAAUUCAGCAGGGAGAAUGACGCUAUCAGGUGUGUGACCGGUGCCGUCUCUGCCGGUAUCCUUUUCGAUACGUUGCUGGUCCUGCGGAUGUACCUCGGCUGGGCUUACGUGGGAAACCGAUUGCUCAGUGCAACCGUCGAAUAUGAAGAAACAGGUUGGUACGAUGGGCAGGUAUGGGUGAAAUCUCCUGAAGUAUUAGCUCGGGACCGCCUUCUUGGCUCCUAUGCUGUCAAGCCAGUCCUGAACAGGGUGAAGCUGACACUGGUUCUGCUGGCUGCAAUGUUGGUAUCAUGUGUUCUUCCCUUCAUGAAGAUCGAUCCUUAUGUCUUAUCUGAAGAUGUCGGCGGUAGAGCAGUGGCUGGUGUUUAUAAUGAGGACUCUGCGAGGUCAUUUGAACCAGAUGCAUUCUGUGGUGUGCCAGAUCGAUCCUGAAUUUCCUAUGUGAAAACUAUUUCAGAUGUUGUAUAGCAAAACAUACUGUACAACGUAUUGUAAAUUGACACUGUAGAUGAAUCCAGUCCAAAAAACACAUAGUUGACAGAGUUAAGUUUCCACUACGUUGAGCACAACCUGUCAGAUGCACUUUAUAUAUAUUGGCUAAAGUCUUGCGAAGAAGUUAUCUAUGCUAAGGAUAAUUAUCCACCCGUUGAAAAUAAAACGCCAGGUACAAAAUGAGCAGCCGGCUUGUGUAAUGCGUGAUCUUAGGAGCUCAGCAUCUGCAGUUACAUGAAGAUCCUCAUUUUUAAAUUCAAAUUAUUGAUUGUGUAUAGCGACUAGCAAGUGUAUCUUUAUCAUAUUAUUUUUUAAUUGCUGCAGACAUAUUAUUUUUUAA